UCCUUCUGGGCAGGGAGGAGGGCGCCGGAGAGCGCGCGUAGCCUGAGCCGGCCCGGGAGCGGCCGGUCACAUUGUGGGGCGGCGGCGCGAUGGCUCCAGCUGUGGACCGCGAAGGCUACUGGGGCCCCACGACCUCCACAUUGGACUGGUGUGAGGAGAACUAUGCGGUGACCCUGCUCAUCGCUGAGUUCUGGAAUACAGUAAGUAAUCUGAUUAUGAUCAUACCUCCUAUUUUUGGUGCAAUUCAGAGCAUUAGAGAUGGACUGGAAAAACGGUACAUUGCUGCUUAUUUAGCACUCACAGUGGUAGGAAUGGGAUCCUGGUGUUUCCACAUGACUCUGAAAUAUGAAAUGCAGCUGUUGGAUGAGCUCCCUAUGAUUUACAGCUGCUGCAUUUUUGUGUACUGCAUGUUUGAAUGUUUCAAGACAAAGAGCUCAAUAAACUACCAUCUGCUUUUUACUCUAGUUCUAUUCAGUUUAAUAGUAACCAUGAUUUACCUAAAAGUAAAAGAGCCUAUAUUUCAUCAGGUCAUGUAUGGAAUGUUGGUCUUUACAUUAGUACUUCGUUCUAUUUAUAUUGUCACAUGGGUUUAUCCAUGGCUUAGAGGCCUAGGUUAUACGUCCUUGACGAUUUUUUUAUUGGGAUUUUUAUUGUGGAAUGUAGAUAACAUCUUUUGUGAUUCACUGAGGAACUUUCGAAAGAAAGCGCCCCCUAUCCUAGGUGUUACAACACAGUUUCAUGCAUGGUGGCACAUUUUUACUGGCCUGGGUUCUUAUCUUCACAUCCUUUUCAGUUUAUAUACAAGAACACUUUACCUGAGAUACAGGCCAAAAGUAAAGUUUCUCUUUGGGACCUGGCCAGUGAUCAUGUUUGAACCUCAAAGGAAGCACUGAUGAAUUACUCUACCAAGAAAACAAAAAGCACCUACUGUAGUUGUGGCAAGAUGGUCAAGAAGUCCCCAAAGACUUGCAUAUUCAAAACACCAUGCCCAUCACAAGAGAUGAAUGACUCAGACACACAGAGAAUGAACAGUUGGUCUGUUGGCUGCUUAACUUCUGGCUUUAUCUCAUUUGUCCUCGACCUAAGAUGCUUACAGAGAAGUAGAUGCGGUAUAUAUUUAUAUUCUGGAAUGGUGGAGAAGUUGGGCUUUUCUUAACAGGUUAACAGUUUGUGCUGGUCAUUCAUGGAAAUUU